AAACAAGAAUGGUGAGAGAAAGAAAAGGCAAAAUCCGAUGUUGGAUAUGGAUUCCUGGGCAGAGACUUUCAGUCAGAAAUGAAGAGAGAGAGAGAGAGAGAGAGAGGAGUUUGGCAGCAACCUGAACUCUUCAAUGCCAGUCUGUCAGUCCCACCCCUCUUCAUGCGUGUAUAUAUAUUUUCCAGAUAAGAAAACAUGCAAAACCCUUCUACAACUAAACCCCUCUACUCAUCACUCUUACCCCUAAUUUCACCAAUUUCUGCUUAAUCAUGAGUCUAUUCGGCCUUGGAAGGAAAUUACUUCUCUUUUAUUCUUGUCUUUUUUACACUCUUAAUCCCUCUGCAUGCAUGUUCAUUACUUUAAUUAAUUCUUGAUUUCAUACACCAAACUUGUGUUAUAGGUUAUGUUUUUGUGAAUGUGGAUGCUUACUUCUUGCUACAGCUGUGUUUCAAUUUAUAGAGCAGUCGUUGUCAAUAAAAAGUUUUUCUUUUUUUUUGGGAGAAGCCAGAAGACUUUUCGCUCGAGAAAAGGUUCUCCUUCUGGAAUUAAGAGUCUGCAGCUCAGGAAGCAUAUCGAUUCGACCUUGGGCAGUGGCAACUUGAGGGAAGCUGUAAGGCUUCCCCCAGGAGAGGAUAUUAAUGAGUGGUGGGCAGUAAAUACUGUCGACUUUUUCAACCAAGUGACCAUUCUGUAUGGCACCUUAACUGAAUUCUGCACGCCGACAACUUGUCCAAUAAUGUCAGCAGGGCCAAAGUACGAGUACAGAUGGGCUGAUGGAGUCACCAUAAAGAAACCCAUUGUCGUUUCUGCUCCAAAAUACGUUGAGUAUUUAAUGGAUUGGAUCGAAGUUCAGCUUGAUGAUGAGUCCAUUUUUCCUCAAAAGCUGGGAGUGCCAUUUCCGCCCAACUUUCAUGAUGUCGUGAAGACAAUAUUGAAGCGGCUGUUCCGUGUGUAUGCCCAUAUCUACCACUCGCAUUUCCAGAGGAUUGUGAGCCUGGAAGAAGAAGCUCAUCUCAACACUUGCUUCAAGCAUUUCGUGCUCUUUACAUCGGAAUUUGGAUUGAUUGAGAAGGCAGAGCUUGCAGCUCUUGGUGACAUUGUUGAGUCUAUUUUACAGAGCUAGAAACAGUGGAGCUCAUGUCCAACUAUUUUCAAACUAGUUUAACUUUUACUUUCUCUUUCUCACCAACUUUUACAAUUAUGGUUCACUUGAAUCUGAGAUUUUGUGUUUGUUUAGAGAUUUUUGUUUAUUUAUGGUACUUGAUUGGUUUAAAAAGGUGUAUUGGAGUAGGCUUAGGAAAUGGGCUAGGUUUGCCCGAAUCGGGUGUAAGGGUACCUGACUAACUAAACUGGGUCGGGAUCGGGUGGUGUGAUUUAAGUUAGAUUGGGGUCGGGUACUCGAUUUUUUCAGGUUGGGUACCCUAUGCGUACUGAAUUUACGCCUCUAUAUCUAUGAGUUUAGGGUAAGCUUCAGAUCUUUUUUUUUAUUUAUUGAAAUCGAAUCGAAUCGAAUAUGUAAGUUUCGAUUUAUUGUAGUUUAUAGCCCUAACUUUUAGCAUAUUUCAUUUUGUAGCUCAGUUUCACUUUAUUAUUUAUAUGAUUCAAACUUUGAGAAA